AUGGCAACUUCAGCAAUCCAACAAUCUGCAUUUGCUGGCCAGACAGCCUUGAAGUCCCAGAAUCAGCUCAUCAGAAAGGUUGGCAACCUCAGAGGUGGCCGCUUCACCAUGAGACGUACCGUUAAAAGUGCUCCCCAGAGCAUUUGGUAUGGACCAGACCGCCCCAAGUACUUGGGUCCAUUCUCUGAGCAAACUCCAUCAUACCUCACUGGUGAAUUCCCAGGUGAUUAUGGUUGGGACACAGCUGGACUGUCAGCAGACCCUGAGACAUUUGCCAAGAACCGCGAGCUUGAGGUUAUCCACUGCCGUUGGGCCAUGCUCGGCGCAUUGGGCUGUGUUUUCCCAGAAAUCCUUGCCAAGAAUGGUGUCAAGUUCGGUGAAGCUGUUUGGUUCAAGGCUGGAGCUCAGAUCUUCUCAGAAGGUGGCCUUGACUACCUUGGCAACCCAAAUCUCAUCCAUGCCCAAAGCAUCCUUGCUAUCUGGGCUUGUCAAGUUGUGCUCAUGGGAUUUGUUGAAGGAUACAGAGUUGGUGGGGGCCCACUUGGUGAGGGGCUAGAUAAAAUCUACCCCGGUGGAGCCUUCGACCCACUUGGGUUGGCAGAUGAUCCUGAGGCAUUUGCUGAAUUGAAGGUAAAAGAAAUCAAGAAUGGACGACUGGCUAUGUUCUCAAUGUUCGGAUUCUUCGUCCAGGCUAUUGUUACUGGAAAGGGCCCAAUAGAGAACCUCUUCGACCACGUCGCAGAUCCAGUUGCGAACAAUGCAUGGGCAUAUGCCACAAACUUUGUACCUGGAAAAUGA